UCGAUCUGAUCGCACGGGAAGAUGAACGGUGCAGGGAGACAGGGGCUGAGAUCUGGUGCGACGGGGGUGCAUCACCAGCGACAGUACUCCGAUAACUUUCUCGACGGCUCCUCCAACGGCAACAGGUGGCUCCAAUCUGCUGGUCUUCAACACCUUCAAUCCUCUGCCAAUCCGCUUCAGGACUAUAACUUUGGAGGAAGAAUGAACAGGAAUGCACAGAGGAGCUUUAAUGGAGGAACUGAUUAUUACAUGGAGCCAUCCACACCUCCCGGUUCUUACCGUGCUUCGACGCAGAAAAAGAAUGGAGAAGAUUCACCCGGUGAUUUCAGCCCCGGCCUGUUGGAUCUGCAUUCAUUUGACACUGAGCUUCUUCCUGAGAUUCCAGCCUCCAAUGCAUUUGAUACCAACUCCCCGUAUCAACCUAUCCGGGGUAGAAGCUUUGAUGACUCUGAACCUUACAUGUUGAGUAAACAGACUGGCAGAGCUCGUGCUCCUGAAAACCUAUUGAAAAGUUUACCUGCAGACAAAGAGAAAUCUAGUUCUGUAGCAAAGAUUAAAGUUGUGGUUCGUAAGAGACCAAUGAAUAAGAAGGAGUUAGCAAAGAAUGAGGAAGACAUUAUAGAAACAUAUUCCAAUUCUUUAACAGUGCAUGAGACUAAACUGAAGGUUGACCUUACUCAGUAUGUAGAGAAGCAUGAAUUUGUUUUUGAUGCUGUCUUGAAUGAGGAGGUUACGAACGAUGAGGUGUAUCAUGAAACAGUGGAGCCCAUAGUUCCAAUAAUCUUUGAUCGCACUAAGGCAACUUGCUUUGCAUACGGCCAAACAGGAAGUGGAAAAACCUACACAAUGAAGCCACUUCCACUUAAAGCAUCAAGGGACAUCUUGAGAUUGAUGCAUCAUACUUACAGGAACCAGGGAUUUCAAUUGUUUGUCAGUUUCUUUGAAAUAUAUGGUGGGAAGCUUUUUGAUCUCCUUAAUGAUCGAAAAAAACUUUGCAUGAGGGAGGAUGGUAAGCAGCAAGUUUGCAUUGUGGGUUUGCAAGAGUACCGAGUAUCGGAUGUGGAGGACAUCAAAGAAUUGAUUGAGAAAGGAAGUGCCGCAAGAAGUACGGGCACCACGGGUGCAAAUGAGGAAUCUUCACGGUCACAUGCAAUACUUCAGCUUGCUAUCAAGAGGUCAGUUGAUGGCAAUCAAUCCAAACCUCCCCGGGGUGUUGGCAAGCUCUCCUUCAUAGAUCUUGCUGGAAGUGAACGUGGAGCAGAUACCACAGAUAAUGACAAACAGACAAGAAUAGAAGGUGCUGAAAUCAAUAAGAGCUUACUCGCCCUAAAGGAAUGCAUUAGAGCCCUUGAUAAUGACCAAGGACACAUCCCUUUCAGAGGCAGUAAACUGACUGAAGUUUUGAGGGAUUCAUUUGUUGGCAAUUCCCGCACUGUUAUGAUAUCAUGCAUAUCACCAAGCUCUGGGUCAUGCGAACAUACUCUGAAUACUUUAAGAUAUGCUGACAGGGUAAAAAGCCUAUCGAAAGGUAACAACUCUAAGAAGGAUGUUUUAUCUUCGAAUCUCAACCUCAAAGAAUCAACUACGGUUCCCUUAUCUGUUAAAGCAUCUGCCUAUGAGGAUCGCACUGCUGAUACAUGGGAUGAUGAAAAUGAAGGGGAUGAUCUUAGUCCCUCUGAAGAGUACUACGAGCAGGUGAAACCACCACCUUUGAAGAAAAAUGGAAAGAUGGAGCCAUAUGAUACAAUAGAUGACAAAUUGAAGAAACCCAGUGGUCAGAUCAAAUGGAAGGACCUCCCAAAAGUUGAACGUAAAACUGCACAUUCAGAGGAUGAUUUAAAUGCCCUCUUACAGGAAGAAGAGGACCUUGUUAAUGCUCACCGGACACAAGUAGAGGAGACCAUGAAUCUUGUUAGAGAGGAGAUGAACCUCUUGGUUGAAGCAGAUCAACCAGGGAAUCAGCUGGAUGAUUAUAUAACAAGACUAAAUGCCAUUCUUUCUCAUAAGGCUGCUGGCAUCCUGCAGUUACAAACCCGUUUAGCUAAUUUUCAGAAACGUUUGAAGGAGCAUAAUGUUUUGGUUUCAUCUACUGGUUAAUAAUAUAAGUUACAACAGACUCCUAGAGAAAGGGUUUUAUUUAGGUGGUCGGAAACAUGCAUUUCUGUUAUUCAGUUGAAGAUUAUGUGAGUUCUGGGAUAUGAAGUGGCAUUCAUACUAGUUGAUUCAUCAUUAUUUUGUACCUUGGCUCUUCCCCUCGGGAUAGGAAGCUGGAGUUUGGAGUCUUCAUUUUUUCUCUUUA